UGUUUUCCAGUUUCAAGCGCCGUCACCACAUAGAAGAGCAAAGAAAAAAAAAGAGCAGUGACGGUGAAAGAAAUACCUAAAGGUUAAAAACGUCAAAAAUGACACAGGCAGAGUUACAGUUACCACCCGGCUUUCGGUUCCAUCCAACGGAUGAGGAGCUCGUGAUGCAGUAUCUCUGCCCUAAAUGUGCGUCGCAGCAGAUAGCCGUCCCUAUUAUCGCCGAAAUCGACCUUUACAAACACGAUCCUUGGGAACUUCCUGAUUUGGCCUUGUACGGAGAGAAAGAGUGGUAUUUCUUUUCUCCGAGAGACAGGAAAUAUCCCAACGGUUCAAGGCCGAACCGGGCAGCUGGAGACGGAUACUGGAAGGCAACCGGAGCUGAUAAGCCGAUUGGGCAACCGAAACCGGUCGGGAUUAAGAAGGCUCUUGUGUUUUACUCCGGGAAAGCUCCUAAAGGAGAGAAAACUAAUUGGAUUAUGCACGAGUAUCGGUUAGCUGGCAUCGACCGGUCGGCUCGCAAGAAGAACAGCUUAAGGUUGGAUGAUUGGGUGUUGUGCCGGAUUUACAAUAAGAAAGGUGUCAUCGAGAAACAACCACCGGAAGGAAGCGUUGCGAAAAAAGCUAGCAUGAGGGAGAUUGAGGACAAGAAGCCGGAUAUUGAAACACUUGGCACGGACAAGUUUGGGUUGCCUCAGGCACCGACGGGGACGGUUAACGAUUUCGUGUUUUUCGACACGUCGGAGUCGGUCCCGAGGCUUCACACGGACUCGAGCUGUUCGGAGCACGUGGUGUCUCCGGAGUUCACUUGCGAGGUACAAAGCGAGCCCAAAUGGAUGGACUGGGGAAAUACCAACAACAAUACCCUUGAUUUCCCUUAUAAUUACAUGGAUGCCACUAUGGACACCGGGUUUGCUUCACAGUUCCAGAGUAAUGAUCAGCUGUCGCCGCUCCAGGAUGUGCUCAUGUACCUGCAGAAGACGUUUUAUAGAUAAUAAAAUUAAAAAAGUGCUUGUUGGAAUUGAUAUGGUAAACUGCGUUUUGGUGUAUCGCUGGGUAACACGAGACUGAAAGUCCAUGAGUGUUCCGGUGCCCGCACGCGUAGAUAAUAACAAAUUUAAAAAAGAAAAAAAGGGAAAUUGAUAUAUAGAAGGGGGUUGCGGUUAGGGAGGCCGUUGGAUUUUUUCAAUGGGGUUGGUGGAUGGUGAUCGGACGGUGGAAGUUGGAUUUGAUGCAUUGUAUAACAUUAGAGUUUAGCAUAGGCAUGUGGAAGUUGAAUCUGUAAUCACGUGUUUGGGAGGGUGUACUUAAUUAAAAAACAAAAAACCCAAAAAAGUUUUGGGAGGGUCCUUUUACUUUUGAGCUUACCGCAAAAUUCUUGUAUUUUGUAGUUGAAAAAAAUGUAUUCUCUUUUUCUUUCAAAGAUCCUUCAGAGCCUUGUCACUGAGAUAACAUAUCUUCAAUAGGUUCAUGGCUUCUUUUCCCAUACUACGGUGAAAACAAAAAUUUAAAGACUACCGUUAAAGCA